GAAUCAUGAAAGAAUCAACAGUUGAAGGUGGCGGUAUAGACGAUUCGUCUCGUUUGAGAAAGUUAACUACAAUGGAUGAUAGCUGCCCUAGUUGUCGUGUAGUCGGCUCAAUUAUCCCUUUAACCCUGUCUGCUUAUAUAGUGUAUGCGUGUAAAGAUCAAGUCUCCAAGUAUGGUGGUGUAAAAAAAGUGUCAUAUUUGACUAUAUGCACUAGUAUGUCAUUGGGUUUAUUGUACCUUGGAGGGAGUCAGUUGUUCUCUCGAUGGAAUGAAAAACAACCAAUGAAAGCCUCAUAGAUGAAUGUAUAUAACAUUUCGUCUUUUGUAAUGUUAUUUUACUUCGAAAAAAGCGUAGUUUCGUUAUUCAA